CCGAGAAAAAAAAAACAAAGAACAAGGAGCGAAGAACGUUGAGAGAAGACCAUCUUGGCUUCGCUGGCGUUCUGGGUUUCUCUGUUCGUGGCCAACUGCCGCAGGAGGCCAGAACCCCCGCCGCUUCCCCGCUCCCUACUCCAGCGCCCCUGCCCGGAAAUACCUCUCCUCGCCGUCGCCGUCGCCGGCGCCGGAGAGAGGAGUACAGGACAGUCCUCCCUGCAUCCGCCGAAGCCGCGCCACCUCGAAGGCGAAGAUCAACAGCUUCGUCCUUCUGGUGGAGACCUGAUACUGUCGCCAAGGCUGAGGGUUCACUGAAGAAAUUAGGUUUGAGCAACCUGAUCACAGAGAAUCAAUGUCUGAGUUUCUGGAACUCGAGGCCCGGGAUGGGGUAAGGAUGACCUGGAACGUGAUACCCGGCACCAAGCAGGACGCUGCUAGCUGCGUCGUCCCUGUCUCGGCCAUAUACACUCCUCUGAACCCCAACCCUGCCAUUCCUGUUCUUCCUUAUGCCCCACUCCGCUGCCGCAUCUGCCGCUCCAUCCUCAACCCCUUCUCGGUCGCCGACUUCGGUUCAAAGAUGUGGCUCUGCCCAUUCUGCUUCCAGCGCAACCACUUCCCCCAGCAGUACUCCGCUAUUUCGCAAAGCAACCUACCUACCGAACUGUAUCCUGAAUGUUGUACUGUGGAGUACAUGGCCACUGCCGAAACAGGUCCUGUGUCGCCACCAGUCUUCCUCUUUGUUGUUGACACUUGCAUGAUCGAGGAGGAAAUCGGCUAUUUGAAGUCCGCUCUGGCGCAAGCAGUUGAGCUGUUGCCGGACCAAUCCCUCGUCGGAUUCAUUACUUUCGGGACAUAUGUGCAGGUGCAUGAAUUGGGUUUUGGCUUGUUGCCUAAGUCACAUGUGUUCAAGGGGACAAAGGAGAUUAAGAAGGAUCAAAUUCUUGAGCAAAUGGGUUUCCUUACAGGGAAAACAAAACCCACAACAGGUGUGAUCACCGGCGCAAGGGAUGGUGUUUCAGCAGAAAGUAUUGGUAGGUACCUGUUGCCUGCUUCGGAGUGUGAGUUUAUGUUGAAUUCACUUAUAGAAGAACUGCAAAAGGACCCGUGGCCGGUUUGUGCUGAUCAGCGAGCAUCAAGAUGUACUGGAGCUGCGUUAAGUGUUGCAGCCAGCCUCUUGGGGAUUUGUGUGCCUGGAUCAGGUGGUAGAAUUAUGGCAUUUAUAGGUGGCCCAUCUACAGAGGGACUUGGUUCUAUAAUAUCUAAGCCGUUAUCUGAUCCAAUUCGUUCGCACAAAGAUCUUGAUAAAGGUUCUGCUCCACUUUAUAACAAAGCCGUUAAAUUCUACGAGGAGAUUGGAAAUCAACUCGUGCAUCAAGGGCAUGUGCUUGAUCUAUUUGCAUGUGCACUUGACCAGGUUGGUGUUGCUGAGAUGAAGGUUGCAGUGGAGAGAACUGGGGGAAUAGUUGUGCUUGCAGAAAGUUUUGGCCAUUCUGUUUUUAAAGAUUCACUUAGACGCAUUUUUCAGUCAAGCGAUAGUGACCUUGGUGGCUUAUCGUUCAAUGGCAUAUUUGAGAUCAACUGCUCCAAGGAUGUCAAAAUUCAAGGCAUCAUUGGACCUUGUACUUCCCUGGAGAAGAAAGGUCCUCUAUCCUCAGAUACAGUUGUAGGUCAGGGGAACACUAGCGCUUGGAGGAUGUGUGGUCUAGAUAGGAAAACAUCACUAUGCCUAUUAUUUGAUAUGGCCAAAAAAGAUGCCCCGGACGCAAUUGGUCAAUCACAAAAUAAUCUGUUCUACUUCCAAUUCUUAACCUAUUAUCAGCAUCAUGAUGGGCAAAUGAGAUUGCGAUCGACUACAAUUUCAAGAAGAUGGGUUGCUGGUUCUGGCAGUGUGCAGGAGUUAAUAACUGGCUUUGACCAAGAGGCAGCAGCAGCAGUCAUGGCACGCUUGGUCUCAUUUAAGAUGGAAGCUGAGGUUGAUUUUGAUCCAGUAAGAUGGCUUGACCGAGCAUUGAUUAGUUUAUGUUCGAAAUUUGGAGACUAUCAGAAGGAAGCACCUUCAUCUUUCAGUUUGUCCCCACGUCUAUCAAUUUUUCCACAGUUUAUUUUUAAUUUGAGACGUUCUCAGUUUAUUCAGGUAAAACAUUUUUUCUGUCCUAAUUCAGUGAGUCAUGCUGAUCAACAGAUCAAGCGAAUUAAAUUUCUCUUUGCUGCUAAUUAA